CAGUAAGUCUACGAUCACCACUGAUUUUAGAAGCGUAGAAUUAGAGUUAUAUCACGUGACUGGCCACACAGCGUGCUGCCGAUGUAUCUGGCAAUAUCAGAAGUCUGUACAGUGGAGUUAAUAUAACAAUGUUGUCCUUAGAAGGCCUGAUGACAAGUCUGCAAGACUGUGUGACCACCGAAAAUCAAGCUCCCGGAAAUGCCAACCAAACACUCAGACUCUUUUUGGAUAAACUGUCUCAAUCCUCCAGGAGCGGUGUGAAAAGAUCCAAGGAUCGUUGUUUGGAGGAGAGUCUCCAGCUGCUGAGACAAAUUUCAGAUGCAGAGAUUCGUGGGUUAGAAGAGAGACAUCUUCAGCUUCUUGUCAGACUCCUCCUCUCCACGCAGCUGCAAAUGGUCAGCAUCUCCACAGCCUGCCGUAAAGUGGACCAGAUGUUGCAACAUUUGGCAAAGGUGGACCACCAGUUAGUUUUCAAAGAAACGCAUCAGUGUUUGCAUUCUAUAUUCAGCAGUGACCAGAUUCUUUCUUUUGAGGAUCUGCAGCGAGCCCGUAUGUUCUUGGAAGACAGCACUGCUGGUCGUGAGGUGUGGCGAAGGUCAUACCUGUCAUGGCUGAAUAAAAUGUCCCAGUUAUUUGCUGCUGUAUUGCAACAGGAAUCCCUGACAGAUGGACCACUGUGUUACAUUGCUGUCAAGGUGUGUUUGCAAAUAUUUCACCUGUUGUCUAGUGAAGUAGCUCCUCUAGUGUGGAACAAGGAGAACAAGGACUCAGUAGUGCAGAAGAUCUUGCAGGCUCUUGUGGACAUAAUUCUUGGACAGUGCUUCAAUAGGGACACUCGGCUUUUGGCGGGCACUGCUGUGGCCAUGUUGAUCAACACGGCGACAGAGAGCAGAGCAGGAGGAGCUGCUGCCUGGAGUCUGCUACAGGUCUCUCACUUUGAGCCCUGGCUGCUGACUGUUGGUGCUCUCCAGGUACAGUGUAACCCUAAAGGGAUGGAUGGAGUGGACAGGCUGGCUGUGAGCAGAGGCCUCCUGACCUGCUGUCGACCUCAUAUCUUGCUCACUUCACACGUGGAUGACACUGAAAGGUGUUUACUGCUGAGUGGUUUGUUUCCUCUGGUCUAUACUUUGUGUGAAGAGAAGAUGGAUUGUCACUGCUUCGCCUUCGACGUCUUAACACUAUGGCUGAAGAAAGUUAAAGAAUGUCUGGCUGACAUCUGGAAAAUGACAGAUGUUCGUCUUCUGCCUGACAACAGCCGCUUGCAGAAACAACUUAUUCAUAUCAUGUGGACAAAUGCAGAAAGCCCAGUGGAAGGUGUGUCUGAGCUUGUGCGCAGUGCGUUUUCUCUGCUACUGGGCCUCUAUGAGAUGGACUGUGAUCAGUUUUGUGAUACAAAGAAGACUCUUUAUUUUACUCUACUUGAGCAAAUAAUCAAACUCCCUUGGGAAUCAAAAGCCAAAUAUCAUCACCUUUGUGCUCUACUGCCAUAUCUGGGUACUGACAUGGUGCUGGAUCAGUAUGUUGAAAUACCUAAUCAUCUCCUGAAGUGCUUGUCAACCAAUCACCUGUCACCAUGUGGAUCAGAGCUUUAUAAGUGUCUGAUCCAACAGCAGAGGCGCGAGCUGUGUGAUGGCUCACGAAAGUCUGCUUCACACACUGAACUGGAUCUGGCUGAUUGGUGGGCAAGGCGUUGGCGGCCAGUCCUUCUCGAGGCACUGACAUCUGAUGUGACUCUCCUACAGAGCAACAGCUCAACAUACUUACUACCCUGCACCUUCCUAGUCUUCCCCUCUGCUGUGGAACACCUGCUCGCCUCUCUGGACCCGUUUGCCCCUGGCCACCUCUAUGCCUGGGCCUGCAUCAUGAGCUCGUAUCGAGCUACGACUGGAGGCUCACUAUGGGCUCUGCGGGGUAGCUCAACCCUUGACACCCUCCAUCUAGCUCUGGGAUCUGCAGAUGACAAAGUCCGUCUUGCUGCUCUCAGCCUCCUCUGCUGCAGCCCAAAGACCAACGACACUCCUACCUCAGAGGAGAUGUCACUAAUGAGGAUAUUUAUACCUCAGAACCUAAACUGUGAGUCCUCAUCUUUUCGUCAAUAUUUUCAGGCUGGAGUGAAGAGGUUUUUGGUCCGUAUCAGAGACGGCUGUUUGGCACGUCAGAGAAGAGAGAAGGGCAAAAAGAAAGUAGAUGCUGCCCAGUCGGAAAAGGCGCAGCAUAUCUUGGAGCAGGGCAUAGGGUUUGUGGAAUGGUUGAGUCAGCUUCCAUACAGCUAUCUGGCACCAGGACACAGUUAUCAGAGGAAGAAGACUGUGUUGUUGUUGCUGACUGCGGUGCUGGAGACGUGCACAGACACCUGGAGCCCAGACAAAAAGAAGGGACAACCUCCAGCAAAUAUGGGGUCUCUUAUUAACUGUGCUAGACAAAAAGGACAGUGGGAUUUCUUCUGCAGGACUAAACAGCUGGUCCUUAUCAGCUGUUUAGAGGAUUCUACAAAUGAGAUUCGAGAGCUCUCCGCUGGGUUAUUGUUGAGAUUCUUCCCACCCUGUUUUCCAGAUGAUAUAGCUGCAGUGCUGCUCACGCGAAUCAAACAGUUUCUGUGCAGUCCUCGGGUGCAGGAGGCUCAGAUGGGAGCACUGAUGACUAAAGUCCUCUUACAGAAAUCACAAGAGCAGCAUGAAGGCUGCAGGCUGAACAGUAACAUUACUGUCAGCAGUGGACCUAACCCCAAGGCCUCCAGCAUGGUCAGAUUCCUGGUGAAGGAGUUGGAGGAACACUAUCUGACAGCCAAAGUUGAAAUGAUGCUUGCUGCCAGAACCAAACCUAUUCAUGGUAUUCUAAGUGCCCUUCAGAGGUGUUUGCUUGAGACACCCAGCAGUGUGUAUGAUACACUUAACCACAGUUUGACGACUGAGGUGCUGGGUCUGCUGGAGAAAGUCUCUCUGCUGCUGCUGGGUGUUCUCUAUGGAGACCAGGAUGAUUGUUCCACUGAAAAGGAUGUUCCCCCUUCUUUUUGUGAUAUGGGAAAUGCCAUCAGCUCUCUGAUAGCUCAAGGAUCUAGGGGCGGACAAGGGGAUGGAGAGGAGUGCGUCCUGCUAUCUGAAGAGCACAGCCUCAUGACAUUUAGAUGCUUAAUGGGAUAUCAGAACCUGACAUUUUAG